AUGGAGAUCGACGAGCACACAGGCAAACAAAAAUGGGUCCCUCACAUCAGCGUCCCCCCAGCCCUCAUGCUUCACCUGGUCUGUCGCCUUGUUUUGACCCGGCUGAUUUCCGACCUGCAGUCCUUCCUGGCAGUGCUGGACAGUGAGAACCUCAGCUACAUCGCUCAGGCCCAGAAGAAGUCCAUCUCUGAGCUGGUUUCCAAGCUACAGGAUACUCCUGUGGAGGAUGCUGAGUACAUGAUCAUGAGCUGUCCGUCAGGGGCUCCAGCCAAUGAUCUCAGGGACACCCCCACAGACCCCGCCCCCACCCAGGAGCUGUCCUCCUUUACACGGAAAGGGAUCUAUGGCCCUGUAGUCCCGCCCCACCCCCCUGGCGGUCUGGAUGACAGCUGCUAUGAGGAGGCGGAGCCCUUCGUUCCAGACAGUCAGCACGCAGACAAAGCAGACUCAGACAGCAGUCACUACGAGUCGUAUGGAGAAGAGGAGGAAGAGGAGGAGUUUGUGAAAGACAGGGCCCACUACAUCCAAUGGAGUGCCUCCCAGCCCUGUCUAAGGCCCGCCCCCGAGUCCCGUAUCUGUGGUUACCUGUGGAGGAAGAAGUGGCUGGGCCAGUGGACCAAGCAGCUGUUCCUCAUACGCAACAGCUCCCUGGUGUGCUACAAAUGUGCCAAGGACUUGCAACCCCAGCUGGAGCUGAACCUGCAAGGGUGUCAGGUGGUCUACAAGUCCAAGCACAACAAGAAGAUGCAGCACGAGCUGAAAGUGGUUGCCGGGGCCGACACGGUGGUGAUGGGCUUCAACAGCUGCCAACAGGCCGAGGACUGGAGGAAGAUCAUCGAGGAAGUGAGUGGGUCGGUGUACUGUGAGCUGGAAUCCCAGAGCUCCUCGUCGCUGCUGAAGUGUGAUAGGCUGGAGUCUUGCAGGUCAAGCUCGUUCCUUCACACAGACUCAGAGGAGGAGAAGUUGUCCAGCCUGCCCUCUGCCCUCAGCAGUCUGGACAUCAAGGAAAAAUGCUACCUGAAUGUGCUGAUGAGCUGCCAAUGGCAGAGCCUGCUGUGUCAGGUGGAGGCGGGGCAGCUGAAGAUGUACUGUGACGAGGGCUGUGAGGAGAGCCCCCAGUACACGGUGCAGCUGAGGGGCUGCGAGGUCCGGCCUGGCCCAGACACCCCCAGCUCCUACCGGAUCACCCUGCUCCAGCACGGGGACCAGGUGGCGGUGUUGGAGGCGAGCUGUGCGGACGAGAAGGAGCGUUGGCUGCAGCUCCUGCAGGAUGGCAGCACCUCACAGGGCCCGCCCGACCGCCUCUGUCACCAUGACAACACCUCACAGGACCUCGAUGCUGGCGGGGCCCUCAGUGGCCUGAAGACUCGAAGAUUCCCCACGUCUAACGCGUACAUGGACGACCCCUUUCAGCAGAUGAGUGCAACAGUUCAUUCGCAACCCAUCUACUCCAACAGCUCAAUUCUAGAGCACAUGUUCCAGAAUUCUCAUAAGGUUGCCAGGGGCGACUCUGUCUCAUCCAGGGAUUCCGUCACCUACAGCAACAAUGAAAUCUUCUCCAAUCACAGUACGAAGGUGUGUGGGGUGGAGCGGAGUGUGCAGAAGCUGGACCUGACAGGGAAGAGGAAGGUGCAGUUGAGGGCGGGGUCAGAGAUGAACCUUAACACAGCGGGGAAGACAAACAAGCGCACCUCUUUCAGACAGUCACUGGCCUUCUGUACUGAACGGGCACAGGGUGGGUUCUUGACCCCUUUGCUGCGGCGGACAGCGUCUGCGAAGAACUCUCUGAAGAGAGCUCCGUCCUCCAUCUUCAUAGAGCAUGGCAAGGUGUUCCAGAGGAGGAAGGAGUGGGAGACAAAGGCUUCAGCCUGACUCAGGCUAUCUUGUCAACAUGGAUCAUCUUGUGAAGAACUACCUUGUACACAUUCCCUGAUUUGUCUUAGUAUAUAUUGCACUGAACAUAAUAUUACUGUGCAUGUGGAACAUGCACACCUCUUUGUAUUGUAUUUUGGUUUUUGGGUACUUUUGUAUUAAUUGAAUACAGCACCUCAAUAAUGUAGGAAUCUCCUGUCUAUUUUCUACUCUUUAUAUCCUUGUCUUUGUAAAUGUCAACCUUCCAAGAUGAUAAUCUUGCUCUUGUAAUAGGUCCCUUUUGUCCAUUAAAACAGCUGCAUUAACAGCAGGAGACACCCGUUAUUGUUUUCUCCUGUGAUGUUCUGGUGAUUCUGGUUCGUGCUUUGUGGAAGCCUGUCUCAGGAAUUCAGGGUCGUUUAGGUCUUCAGUUAGAGGAACACCUUUAAAUUGUUUUCUCUCUAACGCAAAGUAGCCUAUGCAUUAUUGUAACUAUGUAGGCUAUGUUUGUGUCCACAAUCAUCGGAGUGGACAUCGCACUGGUCUGACCACUGAUUACGAUAAACGUACAGUUCAUGUAGCCUACAGCACGAUGGCAUAUAAAUGACAUAGGCUACGCGUUGUGUAGGCUAUACAACUUCCUAUAACUGAAACAGCAUAGUUAUUAAGUCAACACCGUGCACAUAUGUCUGGAAAAUAAUUUUAAUGAAGGGUUUCUAACCAUGAACUAUCACUGAAAUGUUUGGCAAGGCUGAAAUAUUUAAUUUUUGACUGGUCUAAAUGUAAAUGCGGUCAACCGAUAACUGUGGUAAAAAAUCAAAUACACUAAUUAUCUAAACAUCUUUAUUAAAGAUUUUCUGUAUAAAA